UUCUUGGGAACCUAUAAAUACAUAUACACCUUAUACAAAAUGAAAAACAAAUACAAUAAUAAUAUUAAAGUCAUGGAGAGACAAACGAUUUUUAUGUUAGCAGUUCUUGUUUUACUGAGCGUACACCAAUCCUAUUCAGUGGAGACAUACAGUUUAAGCUAUAGCUAUUUUGAUGAGAUAGCACAGUCAUAUUGCGCCUCAAAGGGAUCCGGAUGGGUGUUUGCUAUAAGGAGGAAUUGUAAGAAUGCCCCUAGGUGUGAAGAGAUGUGUAACAACGCAAAGCACGAAAUCCUCGAAUCUAUUAGCAAUCAACGAAACAGUGUAUCGUGUUUUGAUGCAUUCCACAUUAUGAAAGAUCAUCCAGUACUAAAGGCCAACCCUUCUCACCCGCAACCCGAUUCUGGGAAAUUGAAUCUUGGGUCAUAUGGUUAUGGUUCUGACGGAUGUAGGUGGAAACCUAAUCACUGCGGACCUAACUACUGUUGCUGUAAAGCGUAUUAAAAAGUAGCAAAUGUGUUUGAAAUAUUGUUGAGAGAAGAUAUUGAUAUAUAUUUACAUGAACGCAUAUACUUUGUUUCAAAAUCGAUAAGGUAACUGUAAUAUGCGACUACGAUUCGAGUCUACAUGUCGUGAAAAGAUAUACAAAAUAAUGCAUUUCUGUGUUUGAACUUAUGUGGCAGAAUAUGUACCAUCGCUUAUAAUAAUUAUAGAUGUACCUUUAUUAUAUACUUUGUUGAAUAAAUUUACAAGUUACUGUCAGUGACCACAUACA